AUGUCUGUUUUCGUCUCUGGUGCUACUGUUAGAUCUCAAACUAAGAUCAACCUUUUUAAUAAACAAUUUGGUAACAUUCCUAAUUUAACUUUAGAAAUUGUUGAAGAUAUCUCCAAACCAAAUGCUUUUGAUGAGGUAAUCAGAAAACACGCCAAGGAGAUUAAAUACAUUAUACAUACCGCCUCCCCAUUCCAUUUUGAAACUACUGAGUAUGUCAAAGAUCUUUUAAAUCCUGCUAUUCAAGGCACUAAAGGUAUCUUAGAAUCGAUUAAAAAAUAUGCCGCUGAUACAGUAGAACGUGUAGUUAUUACAUCUAGUUAUGCUGCUAUAAAGACAUUUGAAAGAGAGAAUGAUAGUACUUUCAUAGUUGAUGAAAGCAAUUGGAAUCCAGACGAUUGGGAAGCGUGCCAAGCUAAUGCUGGUAGGGCAUAUUGUGGGUCUAAAAAAUUAGCUGAAAAGGCAGCUUGGGAUUUCUUAGAAAAAAAUAGAGAUAUUGUCCAAUUCAAAUUAUCUACCGUUAAUCCAGCAUAUGUUUUUGGCCCUCAAAGAUUUGAUGAUGAUGUUACCACAAAAUUGAACACUUCUUGUGAAUUGGUUAAUUCUUUAAUCCAUACUCCUUCUGAUGGUCUAUUCAAACCAGCAGGUAUAUAUGCUGGUUAUGUAGAUGUUCGUGACGUCGCAAAGGCCCAUUUAAUUGCCUUCCAGAGUAAGGAAGCUGUUGGCCAAAGAUUGAUGUUAUAUGCUGGUAAAUUUUCGUCUCAAGAUAUUGCAGAUAUAUUAAAUGAAGACUUCGAUUGUUUAAAGGGCCAAAUACCAAUUGGAAAACCACAUAUGGGUGUUCUUGGCGUUGGUCCACAAGGUUGUAUCAUUGACAAUUCAAAAACCAGGAGGAUUCUUGGUUUUGAGUUAGUUAAUUUGAAAAAGACUAUUCAUGAUACUGCUGCUCAAAUCUUAAAAUAUGAAGGCAAAUUAUGA